CACAGUUUGAAGUAAAAGAAAUGGAGGCCAAAUCAAAAAGAGCCGAACAAACAUAUGAUGAACUUUUAUCGGAAAAUGCAUCAUUAAAAACAGUAAUUGAAUGCCUCAAUGAACAAAAGGAAACUGUGCAAAGUUAUUAUAGGAAUGAAUCAAAAAAGAAGGAAGAAUUAAAAGCACAGUACUCAAAGCUGCAAGAACAGUAUAAAGAAAAGAGUCUUGCAGCAUCUGAAUGUGGUUACCUGAAACGAAAGUUCAAAUUAAAGGAAGUAGACGAUCAACUUGACAGCUGUUCGCCAAUGAGAAGAAACAACGAAAAUCAAGUUAGAAAAAUCGACUAUUUCGAAGAAUGUCAAAAAUUAAAAAAGAUUGAACAUCAUCUGCAAGAACAGCUACACAAAGCUAAGGAAGAACACAAAACGUUGCUGAAUAUAAUUAAUGAACAGAGCAACAAGAUUAAAACUUUGGAGAAAGAGAAAACAGAAUAUGAAAACGAAUUGGAAUAUCUCCAGAAGCUAAAUCUAAAAUCUAAGGAAAUGAGCAUUGGACUCUUUGAAAAUGAUGUUGGUGAAUCUUGGCUUGAUCCUCGUUGCAAUAGUAAGCUUCAUGUUGAACUACGAUGUAAAUAUUCAUCCUGUAAUACCUCUGAUCGUGCGCAAUUGAUGUUAACUGACAGAGUUUUAAACAAAAUAGCACAUGAAUUGGGUUCAGAUUGGAAAAAACUGCUUCUUCAUUUAGACAUGAAACAUAAUCAAAUGCAGUUAAUAGAAGGAAAUUAUAAUAAAGAUAUUCACCGACAAGCUUUUGAAGGGCUGAUAUCAUGGAGAGAUUCUAAGACGUCAAAAGAAUCAGCCCUUAAAAGGGUAGAUCGACUGAAACAGGCAUCGUUUUCAAUUGACAGACAAGAUAUUGUUGAUUUAAUCGAAUCAGUAUUGAAAGAACUAUUAACAGACAAGAAAUUAAAGGAAAUAGCGUAUUGGUUGUCGAAAGAUUGGCGAACAGCUUUUCUUGAUUUGGGAAUGAAGUACACCGAUGUUGUAAUGAUAGAACGAGACUAUUGUAGUGACCUUUUAACGCAAGCCUUUGAAGCGCUUAUACUGUGGAGAAAUGUUCACAGCAAAAAACUAUCACAUCAUGAAAUGCUUAUUCAAUUAAAAAAUGUUGCACAUAAUAUCCAAACACGUGCUGUUAUUGAGUUGAUUGACAAGAUAGAAACUGGAUGUACAAUUUCUAAAAAGCAGAGUAAGAGAUGAAUACAUUUUUUUUAAAUAUUUGAUGGUAGAGAACAUAACAGAACAUAAUGUUUUGUGAGGAUAUGGAAUUCAACACUAUUACAACUGACAGUAUUCUUUUUUCAAAACGACAAUCGAUGAUAGCCCAAAGUAGCUCCAUGUUGGCAUGAUAUGGUUAAAAAACUUCUAUAAAGUCUUGGGUUUUGGGUGUUUUUUUUUUUUAUAAUUGAACAUUUAAUGGCCUAUUGUUUAACAUGUAUAAUAAAUAACCGUCUUCAAUAUGAUGUGUCAAAAGAAAUGGUUAA